AUGGAAUCAAACGAGGCAAGUCUGAGAGACCGAGAGGAGAUAUGGAAGUACAUGCUCAACCACGCGGAUUCCAUGGCCAUCAAAUGCGCCGUGGAGCUCCGAAUACCCGACAUUAUUAACUCCCACGGCGGCCCAAUGAGUUUGGCCCAAAUAGCCGCCGCCAUUCCCGACACUUCAUCUCCAGACAUCUCCUGCCUCGCGCGCAUCAUGCGUCUUCUCGUCCGCCGAAACAUUUUCACGGCACAUCAAUCAUCAGACGGCUCCGGCGACAGCACCACUCUCUACGGUCUGACCCACUCGUCCAGAUGGCUGUUGAGUGACACUUCUGACGAUCAACUAACUCUGGCUCCUUUUUUUCUGAUGGAGACCCAUCCGUGGCUGAUGGCUCCAUGGCACUGCUUUAGCCGGUGUGUCAAAGAAGGUGGGAGUGCCUUCCAGAAGGCCCAUGGACGUGAGAUAUGGGAUUUCGCAUCCGAGAAUCCAGAGUUCAAUAAGCUCUUCAACGACGGAAUGGAAUGCACGGCCAGGAUCAUUUUGAAGGCGAUCUUGUCAGAGUAUAGAGAUGGGUUCGGUAGUUUGGGGUCGUUGGUUGAUGUGGGUGGUGGGACCGGUAGGGCCUUGUCAGAGAUCGUGAAAUCUCAUCCGCACAUCAAUGGAAUCAACUUUGAUCUACCGCAUGUCGUCGGGACGGCACCGGUGUACCCGGGAGUGUCCCAUGUCGGAGGUGACAUGUUUGAGAGCAUCCCAAAUGCUGAUGCUGUCUUCAUGAAGUGGAUUAUGCAUGAUUGGGGCGACGAAGACUGCGUGAAGAUCUUGAAAAAUUGUCGAAAAGCGAUACCGGAGAAAAGUGGGAAAGUUGUUAUAGUAGAUUUAGUUCUGAACCCAGAAGGCAAUACCCUAUUUGAUGACAUGAGCUUAAUUUGGGACCUUGUAAUGGUUGCCGAUGCCUCGGGUGGAAAGGAGAGAACUGAGAACCAGUGGAAGAAAAUCUUAAAAGAAGGUGGUUUUCCUCGCUAUAAAAUCAUCAAAAUUCCUUCCUUAACAUCCAUAAUUGAGGCUUAUCCAGAGUGA